CUCGAGAGGUCCUGAUUCACGUGCGUCAGAGGCAACACGUUUCGAGGAUACACAGCACAGCAGCUUCAUCUUGAAACGCUCACUAGAUUUACAGUUUAUACCAGCUGCAGGUUAUAUUUCUCUGAGUUCAUCCACCACGUCGCUCCGCAGACUUUUCUCCAGAGUUGUUCAUUAUUCCAACAUGGGGAAAAGAAGCAGGCAGCGGCAGAAAAACCAGCCGACAGGCAGGGACGACAGAGACAACGCUGGCUGGGGAGCUGGCUACGCUGACAUUGUCAAGGAGAAUAAGCUGUUUGAGCACUACUACAAAGAGCAAGGCCUGGUGCCUGGGGGAGAGUUUGAACAGUUUAUGGAUGCAAUGAGGGAACCGCUGCCCGCAACCAUCCGCAUCACUGGAUACAAGAGCCAUGCCAAGGAAAUCCUCCACUGUCUGAAGGAUAAAUACUUCAAGGAUAUUCUGGACGUGGAGAUCGAUGGCCAGAAGAUUGAAGCUCCACAGCCUCUGAGCUGGUAUCCUGAUGAGCAGGCCUGGCACACCAACAUGAGCAGGAAGAUCAUCAGGAAGUCUCCCCUGCUGGAGAAGUUCCACCAGUUCCUGGUCAGCGAGACUGAGUCGGGUAACAUCAGCCGACAGGAAGCCGUCAGUAUGAUCCCUCCUCUCCUCCUGAAGAUCGAGUCGCAUCACAAGAUCCUGGACAUGUGUGCAGCUCCAGGGUCAAAGACGGCCCAGCUGAUUGAGAUGCUCCAUUCAGACAUGGAUGUACCAUUUCCAGAGGGCUUUGUCAUCGCCAACGACGUGGACAACAAGCGCUGCUACCUGCUGGUGCACCAGGCCAAGCGUCUCAACAGUCCCUGCAUCAUGGUGGUCAACCACGACGCCUCCUGCAUCCCCACGCUCCGGAUCGACUCGGACGGCAAGAAGGACGUCCUCUUCUACGACCGCAUCCUGUGCGACGUGCCCUGCAGCGGGGACGGCACCAUGAGGAAGAACAUAGACGUGUGGAAGAAGUGGACGACCAGCAACAGCCUGCACCUCCACGGGCUCCAGCUGCGUAUCGCAGUGCGUGGUGUCGAGCAGCUGGCUGUGGGAGGGAGGAUGGUCUACUCCACCUGUUCACUCAACCCUAUAGAGGACGAAGCUGUCAUCGCAGCACUGCUGGAGAAGAGCGAAGGAGCGUUGGAGCUGGCCGACGGCUCAGCUGACCUGCCAGGGCUGAAGUGGAUGCCUGGGGUCAAGUCGUGGAAGCUGAUGACCAAAGAGGGCCAGUGGUUCUCCGACUGGUCCGAGGUGCCGAGCAGUCGUCACACACAGAUCCGCCCCACCAUGUUCCCGCCAACAGACCCAGAAAAACUUGCAAACAUGCAUCUGGAGAGAUGUAUGAGGAUUCUGCCACAUCACCAGAACACUGGAGGUUUCUUUGUGGCCGUGCUGGUGAAGAAAGCCCCGAUGCCUUGGCAGAAAAGAUUUCCCAAGCUGAGGAAGGACGUCUCGUCCAGCUCGGCGGUCCAAAGCGAAGGCUCCCCCGCAGCCUCGACCCCCGCGGACACUCCCCUCCUCCCCGAGAGCGCUGUGGAGGAGGUGGAGGGGGGAGGAGGCCCAGAGGGAAAAGUAGAAGAGGAGGCGCCCAAAGGAGCUCCCUUGGCCCAGGAGACCGGUGCUAAGCAGGACGGAGUGUGUGGGCCUCCAGCCUCGAAGAAGAUGAGACUGUUUGGUUAUAAGGAAGACCCGUUUGUGUUCCUGACUGAAGAGGACCCCGUCUUCACCACCAUCCAAUCUUUCUAUAAUCUGUCGCCCGACUUCCCCAAGCUCAACGUUCUGACCAGAACCCACGAGGGCAAGAAGAGACACUUAUACAUGGUGUCCAAGGAGCUCCGCAACGUGCUGCUCAACAACAGCGAGCGCAUGAAGGUCAUUAAUACGGGGGUGAAGGUGUGGUCUCGCAACAGUGAUGGAGAGGAGUUUGGCUGUGCCUUCAGACUGGCUCAGGAGGGUAUCUACACUCUUCAGCCGUACAUUCGCUCCAGGAUAAUCAGAGUGAGUGUGGAGGACAUCAAAGUGCUGCUGACCCAGGAGAACCCCUUCCUCAGCAAACUGGAGGAAGACGCUCACGCUCAGGCCAAGAAACUGGUAAUGGGCAGCAUUGUGUUGAAGUACGUUCCUAACCCAAAUAACCCAGCGGAGCCUCAGUGUCCCAUCCAGCUGUGUGGCUGGAGGGGAAAGACGUCCAUCCGAGCCUUCGUCCCCCGCAACGAGAGGUUUCAUUACCUCCGAAUGUUGGGCGUGGAGGUCUUCAGAGACAAACAGGGCACCGGGCAGAAAGGGAGGGAUGGAGAAAAAGGAGGAAAGGAACAGGUAGAGAAUGAGGCGGGAAAGGACGCAGAGGAGGAAGGAGCAGUGGAGAAUAACGCGAUGGAGCUGGACUUGGAGAACGGUGAAGAAAACCGAUCAGCAGAAACAAAGAAGCAAUCAGGGGACUAGCAGCUGAACGUAGAGGGGACGGCAAAGACAAAGGAGGACUGACUGAAGACAUAUUGGAGCUCUAAGAGCUGUUGACCAGGUUAAAGACCACAUGCUGUGGUAGGAGAUGAUGUACUUCUGUGGGUUUCUCUGUCCACCACACUGCCGCUGCAGAAGGAUUCCCUCCCACAGAUGGACUCCCUCGGGAUUUAAAAUGUUUGGAUCCCCUGCAAGAGUCAGCUUUUUAGUUAAAUGGCUUGUUUUAUUUUAUUGAUCUGUUUUUUUUUAUAUUUUAACAGACUUAUUCCACUGACCAGGUGGCUUCGAUUUUUCUUUCCGUUGCUCAUGUGUAGAGAGGUUUAUAUUAACUGCCAUUUCAUUUUCUACACCUGUAAUUAAGCAGAAAUAUAAAGUUGAUUAAAGCGUUGAAGGUUAACUGUG